UCGACUAUCUAUUGUAAAAUAAGACGUCGGGUCACGCCCUGAUGCGACCAGUUCAAAUGAGGACGGCACCUCUGUAACAACACAACUGCAGUUCCGACCUCCGAAUUUAUUCGCACAGCUCCCUAGUAUCGAGGCGUACGGAUUCGUUGAUUUUAACAGGACUUAAUAAAAUUAGAAAUGAUUGAAAGCGGUGAUCGACGACCAUUGAGGCGUAGUGGCACAAAUCGUCGUCGACCAUUGACGUUGCCCACUCAUCUGUUGAGACAGAUGGCCAGAAGAAUAUGCCAGAACUCGUCGGAAUGGGUUGAUGAUACGAAUCGAACACUUAAAAAUGAUUUGGAGAUAAAGAGCCUAGAGUUAAUGGUGGCCACGGCACCAUUGAACCAUAUUCGGGCUAACUCCAUGACCUGGGCGAUAUUUAUGAGGGGUUUCGAGGUCGGGCGUUAUUUAAUGCAGAUGGGUAGCGAUUUGCCACGGACAUCAGGACAGAUAAUACCAUCAUCGUUGGAAGUGGAACCAUCAUCGGCGGAGAUGGUAUCUCCAGUGACGGAGGAAUAUAUAGCAGAGCCUGAAGAGAUGGAAGUGGAACCAUCAUCGGCGGAGGUAGUACCGUCAGUGGAGGAGGCUGUGUAA